GAGACGCGCGUCUGACACGCUCCGUGUUUGUUAUUAUAAAAUCGAUCGAAAAACAUUCCGUGCAAAACAUUCUCCCAAAUUAAAUCGUACUACACAGUUUUAGCUUUACAAAUUGUCCAUUUUCUCUAGUGCUAGUGUAAAGUGUAUUUAGUAUAUUACGUGGUGAUUGUAAACGUGUGUUUUCUAAACAAUGUCGGUGUGUACAUAACUACAUAUGUCAUUGAGGGAAACGCGUAGCGAGUUGCAAUAAGCGAAAAUGUGACUGCUGGGCUUGGAUCAUACGUGUUAUCGAUAAGUGUUGUAACAGAAACAUGGCCAUUGCUUCCCACAUAUAGUUGCUUAUGUUUAAAAUGCGGGAGUUUCUAAGGAUCACGUUUGUGUGUGUGUGCGUAUUCCUAUUGGUGAGGUGUGAUGAUGGAUCCUCGGAGGAGGCUGGUGCUAAAACUGAGGAGCAGGGCGAAAGGAAGGAUGGGAAAAGUCUUUUAGCAGGCUCGUCGAAGCGAACUACAACGCAGAGCAGCGCGAAUACGACCCGGGAUUCGCAAUUGCUGUCGCUGCUGGCGGCGCGCCGGAAACAGCUGUUGGCGGGCAGGCUUACCACCCACAUCAACACCAUCGCCAAUCUAGCUACUAAGCCACAUAAGGGUAAUACUUCAUUCGCUCAGUUAGAAAUCAGAGAUGCCAACAGCUCCCUUGUGAGGAGGAUAACCUUUGACAAUUCGAGCAACGAAGCCAUUGCACCCACAUUAAAACUCGUUUCCCGAGAAGGUAACAGAGAAAUACGCCAGGACGUAAAACCACAUGAGAUCAGACAUUUGUUCAUACCUAGGCUCUUGUACCAGGAGAAUAAAAGUAGAGCGGGAUUUUUAAAUAAUAGAAGAAAAGAACUAGGAAAUAAGACUAUUGUAACAGAAACGACUACUGAAAGUGCUAUUAUUUACGUCCCACCUGAGAAGUUAGAAGGGCUUGAUAAAGAAGUCGAAUUGGAUCCAGAAGAAGAGUUUCAAGUCGAUGAAUCUAAUCAUGGACUUUACUUACUAAAUUAUUCGGAUACAGAUAAUAUAACACAAGGAUCACCAGACUUGAACAAAACCACAUCGAGCAAUGAAAUCAAAGAAAAUAUUACAUAUCAAUUCGAAACUACAACAAUAGUUCCGGAUGAAAAAGAAAAGACAACUGUCUUGCCAAAUGAACAGGAGAAAGAAGAAAAACCUGAAGUUAACUCUAUAGCAAAUAGUACAGAUAUACAAAAUACAAAAUUAGUUAAAAUAGAUAAUGAAAAUAAAGAUAAAGCAGAUAACCAAACAUUAUUUAUGUCUGAAGAGAUAUACAAUCACUUUCGUCCGCUUGAAACGGAAUUGCCUGACGAGGAAAUGGCUCCGUUUAUAUUUUUUGGCCAAAAACUUGCGGGACAGGCUAUCACAGAUAACUUAACGAACUCUCCAUCACUUUCAGCAUCAACAAAGUCCGUCAAUUUCAUAGCGGUGCCUUCAGAUAAACGGAAAUUUAACUCAAGAUACUCUGCUACAGAAAAAUACAAAAAUAAUAGCGCAGGAGAGGAAGAAAUCAACGAAGAUAUGGAUGUUUCCGUCGUAAAAAACACCAUAGAAAAAAAUAAAAUAAGAAACACGGUCAAGGGGCCUGCACCAGCACGACACGUAGGCUUAGUAAGUGCUUAUAAAAAAUAUUCAAGUACAACUCAAUCGACGCCUAAGCCGCAAUCUAUUGCACAAUCGAAUGUAACCGAAUCGACAAUACAAAAUAUUACACCCAGUUCGUCAGACAAAAUUAGAGAUGGUUAUGGAUUAAAUAAUACCUUCGCCAAUAAAGAUUCUAUAACAACUUCAAACGUAACUAUAAUAAAGGAUGCUUUGACUAAUAAAACUAGUUCAAUAACACCACCGAGGAAUUUCACACGAACCUAUUUUAAUUUACGCCGUCGACCGUCUAGACUAACUACUUUAUCAAGCACUGAAAAUAGUUUAUUAGAAAUAUUAAAUGCUACAACAGAAAAAACCUCAACUUCAGUUUACACAGCAGUUGUAACUUCUGUAUCAAUAACUUCAUCUAUAAAAGGGCCUAAUAAAACAGAUGAAUUAAUUAAAGAUCCUGAAAAUAAUACAACAACUGAGCUCAUAGAACAGUUAAAAAAUACUACAAUACCAAAAGUUGUAAUAAUAAAUGAAACAGAAACAACGACAACUGGUCCAUCGACAACUGUAAGACCUUAUAGACACAGGAUUCGGAUUAGGACGACCACAACAGAAGGUCCUAUGAAAGUCAAUCCAAGUUCAAAACCUCUAGUAAUUCAAAAACCAAUAGAGUCUCCUAUAACCAGUGAAAAAUAUGUUGGAGAUUUCAAACAAGAGACAACUACGUCGAAAAUAUCCGAGAGAUUAGCAAGUUUGUUUAAACAAAACGAUUAUGUUAACACGACCAAUGGUAUGACAAUACGUCCAAAAAAUAUAUUGAAAAGGCGUAGACCAACAACAACUACAACGACUACUACAUCUACGACAACUUCUGUACCUCUAACUACGUCGACUUAUGAACCUAAUUCUUUUACUACCCCUAUAGUGGUUCCUACUACAGUGCCAACUACACCAGCUGUAGAAACGGUAGAUAACUCAUUCAAACCUUUUGUUGUUGUAUCACGUACUUCGUCCGAAUCCAGUUCUAAGCCGCUUAUAUUAAAUGUCAGCUCUUCUAAAGAUGCAAAUAAGACUGUUACUAGUAAUAACACUGGUGAGACUGGUAGUAAUGAUUCUCAAAACGAAGAAGUAGUGAUUGAAGCUGAAAAAACAUACACAGCAUCGUAUGUAUUGGCAGGACUUGGAUUUUUACCAGUAAUAGCAGUUGUAACUUUUGUUCUAAGAAACUUAAUGAAUAAAAAGACGAAAGAUAUUGAUACGGAAUACGAGGGCUACUUCGACGAUGGUGGAGAAAUCAAGAAGGAAUCACCAAUAACUCCAGUCGCUCGUCCACCUUUGCCGACUCCCGCUAAGCCAGACCAAAAAUGGGAGUUCCCGCGAAACAAGCUUAGAUUACAAACUUUGUUGGGACAAGGAAAUUUUGGCCAGGUGUGGAAAGCCGAAGCAGAUGAUUUGAACGGCCACGAUGGACUAACUCGCCUCGUCGCGGUAAAGACCAUCAAGGAAUCAGCCUCUCAGAAAGAGAAGCAGGAACUACUUCAUGAGAUAUACAUCAUGCAGAAAAUAGGAACUCAUCCGAAUGUGGUCACGAUUCUCGCUUGCUGUACUGAACAGGAGCCGUACCUGCUCAUCAUGGAGUACGUGAUGUGCGGCAAGCUGCUGACCUACCUGCGCGAGCGCCGCUCCCGCCCCGACCGCUUCAGCGGCAGCGGCGCGCUCACGUCGCGCGACCUCACCGUGUUCGCGUACUGCGUCGCGCGGGGCAUGGACUACAUCGCUUCCAAGGGAAUCGUGCACCGCGACCUCGCUGCGCGCAACGUGCUGGUGGACCACAACAAGCUGUGCAAGAUCGCGGACUUCGGCAUGUCGCGCGGCGCGGGCGCGGCGGCCAAGGGCGGGCGCGGCGCGCUGCCCGUGCGCUGGAUGGCGCCCGAGGCGCUGCUGUACAACGUGUACAGCCAGCCCAGCGACGUGUGGGCCUUCGGCAUCCUGCUGUGGGAGAUCGUGACGCUCGGUUCAACGCCCUACGCAGCGAUGUCCGGGCGAGAAGUACUAGCGGCUGUCACCGAGGGCUACCGUUUAGAGCGACCUCCGCAUUGCAAACCCCAGCUAUACCGCGCCAUGCACUCGUGCUGGCACGCUGACUCUUCUCAGAGACCCACCUUCGCGACCUUGAAAGCUCAACUGGCUGAGCUGCUGGACAAUGAACCCUCGGAAGGGAACUACGUGGAUCUGGACUCGUUCUACCAAGAGUCCUCAGUGUACAGUGACCCUUCGGCGAUUAUUCAUGAUGACGACGGCUUGUCAGCAGAGUACGAUCGAGAGAGGCGAUGUUUUAGAGAGUUGCAAACGGGUCCACCCAAAUUCGAUAACCGGGCCUUCAAUUUGCGAGAAGAGGAACUCCGAAACAAAUUCGGGAUCGGGACGCCACGCAUGGGCGGCUUCGGGAUUCGGGACGUCCCGUUCAACGAGCGAAACUUCUCCGACGGAGAGUUCAACGACCGAAACUUCCAAGAGAAAAACUUCCCGGACAGAAGUUUCCCGGACAAAAACUUUAAUGACACGAACUUUACCGAACGUAAAGAUGGUAAACUUUCCACGUCGAGUUUCCACCGUGAGCGAGAGAGAGAAAACCCGUUAGUUAGUAGGAACAGUUUCAAUGGAUUCCCAAGAAUAGGGACGAGGGAAAACCAUUUUCAAAUGACCCCCGAUGGUAGGAACAAGAGGGUCUCGGAAUUUGAGUGUGAUAUUUGACUUUUGAGUUGAUUUCAAAAUAUUGAGAUUUUUUUAUAAAAAACUCAUUUAGCCCCAUGAAACGUAAACUUUACUAGACGGAAUAUUAUAAACUGUCAUAUUCUAGUUUACACCGUGAAGGAGAAAAGUAUAACCCAUGGUCAGUAAAAACAGUUACGAUGGGGAAAAAAAGUUUAAAUUUCAAAAUGACGUUAGUUGGUAUAUGAUAAAACUGAUAUGACAAUUAGCUUUAAUUAGAAAUUUGUCUUUGUUAAGCGUUUUCUUUCCGUGAACAUUUUUGGGUGAAAAUGUUUGUGAAUUUUCGAUACAGUUAUUUCAAUAAAUCUUCUCGUUGAUUCUGGAUUUUUAAAGGAUAUAUUUAGUCUUAAAUAAAAGCCUAAAUCGAGCUUAAUCCGUAAUUAUAGCAAUGAAAAUUUUUUGUGCGAAAGCUAAAACAUCCUAAAUUCAAUUGAUUGGAUUAUUAACCACGAAUUCCGAAAAUAUAUUACUGUGAACUAGGCAGCCCCUGAAAAUGCCGCCUUAUACUUACAACGUAACUCAUAUAUAAUAUGGCGGUAGUCUUUUAUUAGACGUAAGCGUCAGCCAAACAUUCGAGCCAUGUUUUUAGACAUAAACCUAUGGUUAUUUCAACUAUUAUACAUUCAAAAAAGAUCAAGAACAAAUCAACAAAAAGAUCAUAUUUUCAAUUGUUAAAGUAGAACAUUUUUAACUUUGUUUCGGAGCCGAAGUAUUAAAUUCAAUUGAUUUGAUAUUUAGGAUUUAUAACUGCGCGAGCUCAUGACAAAUUCCGCUUUAAAUUUCAGUUUCAAUUGGUCGAACUUCUGUUAACUUAAGUCUAGUGUAUUUUUGUAAAUAAACUUUAAUUUAUAACAGUAUUCAUUGCAGUGAUGACUCGAUGUUUAACAACAUAAAUAAAAUAUGAUAGUUACAAUGUAAAUAAUAGGUUUAUUACUGCUAGGUUAAGUUUUGUAAAGUAGGUUUAGUAGAGCACGUCAAUUUGACACAUGUUUGAUAAAAGAAUAUUUUAAGUUGACACAGAGUAUGAAAGGGUUUGUUUAUAAAUAUAUAGUCUAUGAUUUCACCAAUUUUAUUUCUUUUGCAUAAUCUGUAACAAAAUAUGAUUUAUUUAGUAUUGUUGUGUUUUGUGCAAAGAUUUAAAUUAAAAGAUACCUAGAUCCCGUUCUCUUGCAAGUCCUAUCUACAAUGGUUGCCUGUAAAAGACUGCUUGUAACAAUAAGGCAGCCUUUGCAUGCCUACGAUGACGUUUACACUUCUUCCUGUAUCUUGUCAUGUAUGGUUUACGUGCAAUAAAAUCUUUCUUCUUCUUCUAGAUUCGAACGAGGAAACACAAUGGCUAUAGUUAAAUGAGUGAGUGGUAAUACAAGUUACGAAGUUGAAUAGUAGCGAUUGUUUUAGUUUUUUUCUCGACCGAUAAAUAAUUAAUUAGUCAUUACUUACUUAUAGGUGUAUGGUAUCGAAAUAUUUAAAUCUUUGAUUUCGUGAGAAUGAAUUUACCAAGCGUUACAAUUAAAUAUAUAAACAUAACAUUAAAAUAAUCAAAGAAUUUUUUCAUGGUGCUAAAAUAAAGCGUUUUUUUUUUCAAAUAUCUAAUUUUACUGUAAAUAAGUAUUAUUGUGUAACAUAUUUUUAUAUAACUAAGAAACUCUUCCAUUUCAAAAUCUCAGUUCAAUAUUACCUUCUAGUCUCUAAAAUGUAUA